CCACGUGGAGCCUUGCGGGAGCCUUGACAAAUCUCCCAAGCUGGCAAUCCGCUGAACUGGCCUUGCCUUCUUCCACUCCCUCUCGAGAGUGACUUGAGACUUUGGGAAUAGCUUCGUCUUACCUACCUUGCUCAGGCACAUCGAUACCCGCGAUAAGGAUCCCAGAUCGUCGCCCCGCCGCUUUCGGCGCAACCCGCCAACCAUGGACAACGCCUACGCUCUCCCCAUCGACGCGGUGCUGGCCAACUUCGACGUCCGGGAGCACAGCGGCUUGACGGACAGUCAGGUUGAAGAGUUUCGGAAGAAACACGGCCGCAAUGCGAUCCCCGAAGAGCCUCCCACUCCCAUUUGGGAGUUGAUUCUCGAACAAUUCAAAGACCAACUCGUCAUCAUCCUGCUCGGUUCCGCCGUUGUUUCCUUCGUCCUCGCCCUGUUUGAAGACGAGGGCGGCUGGAGCGCAUUCGUCGAUCCCGCAGUGAUUCUCACGAUCCUCAUCCUCAACGCCGUCGUGGGCGUGUCCCAGGAAAGCAGUGCCGAAAAGGCCAUCGCCGCCCUUCAAGAGUACUCCGCCAACGAAGCCAACGUCGUCCGCAAUGGCGGACACGUAUCCCGAGUCAAGGCCGACGAGCUUGUUCCCGGCGACAUCGUGUCUGUUUCUGUCGGAGACCGCAUCCCCGCCGACUGCCGCAUCGUUUCCAUCGAGAGCAACAGCUUUGCAGUGGACCAGGCUAUCCUGACGGGAGAGAGCGAGAGCGUUGGGAAAGACCCUACCGCCGUCGUCGAUGACGACAAGGCUGUCUUGCAGGAUCAGGUGAACAUGCUCUUCUCGGGGACCACGGUUGUCACAGGACGAGCCAAGGCCAUUGUGGUCCUGACGGGCUCCAACACUGCCAUUGGCGAUAUCCACGAGAGCAUUACCGCCCAAAUUUCCGAACCCACUCCCCUGAAGCAGAAGCUCAACGAUUUUGGCGACAACCUGGCCAAGGUCAUUACUGUCAUCUGCAUCCUCGUCUGGCUCAUCAACAUCCCCAACUUCAACGAUCCCAGCCACGGCAGCUGGGCCAAGGGCGCCAUCUACUAUCUUAAGAUUGCCGUGUCCCUGGGCGUGGCUGCCAUUCCCGAGGGACUUGCGGUUGUCAUUACGACUUGUCUUGCUCUGGGCACCCGUAAGAUGGCGGCUAAGAACGCCGUUGUGCGAAGCCUGCCCUCCGUGGAAACUCUGGGAAGCUGCAGCGUCAUCUGCUCCGACAAGACGGGUACACUUACCACCAACCAGAUGAGCGUCAACAAGGUCGUCUAUCUCAACGAAGCCGGAACCGACCUGACCGAGCUCACCGUCGAGGGUACAACGUAUGCUCCCAAGGGUAACAUUCUGCUCAAUGGCCAGGUUGUCGAGGACCUUGCCACGACCUCACCUACGAUCCGCCAGAUGGCCGAGGUUGCCGCUCUCUGCAACGAUGCCAAGUUGGCCUAUGAUUCACGUACCGCUACCUUCUCCAGUGUCGGCGAGUCCACCGAGGGCGCCCUCCGAGUCCUUGCUGAGAAGAUCGGCCCUUGCGCCCCUGCUGGAACUGCUCUCGAAGACUGUGGACACUUUGCCAGCGCUGCGCAUGAGAAGAGGCUCCCCCGGCUCGCGACUUACGAGUUCUCCCGUGACCGGAAGAGCAUGUCGGUUGCCGUGCAAGACGGUUCGGCCAAGAAGCUGCUUGUCAAGGGAGCCCCUGAGUCGGUCAUUGAUCGCUGCACAAGCACCGUGAUUGGUGCCAACGGCAACCGUGUUCCCCUGACCGAAAAGCUCCGUGGCCUCCUGCUCAAGGAAGUCGUCGAAUAUGGUAACCAAGGCCUUCGCGUCAUUGCCCUGGCCAGCGUGGAUGAUAUCUCUCAGCACCCGUUGGCUGGAUCGGCCAAGACCACCGAACAGUAUGCACAGCUGGAGCAGAACAUGACCUUCCUCGGAUUGGUUGGCAUGCUGGAUCCCCCUCGCCCUGAAGUGCCCGCGGCCAUUAAGAAGUGCAAGGAGGCUGGUAUCCGCAUCAUUGUCAUCACCGGCGACAACCGCAACACGGCUGAGAGCAUCUGCCGACAGAUUGGUGUCUUUGGUCAGCAUGAGGACCUUGAAGGGAAGAGCUAUACCGGACGUGAAUUCGACAACCUCAGCCCCGGCGAGCAGCUGGAGGCGGCUAAGCGAGCCUCGCUGUUCUCUCGUGUUGAGCCCAGCCACAAGUCCAAGCUGGUUGACCUCCUGCAGUCUCUGGGCGAGGUUGUGGCCAUGACUGGUGACGGUGUCAACGAUGCCCCUGCUCUGAAGAAGGCCGACAUUGGUGUUGCCAUGGGUUCCGGAACCGACGUCUCCAAGCUGGCCGCCGACAUGGUGCUGGCUGACAGCAACUUUGCUACCAUUGAGGUGGCCAUCGAAGAGGGCCGCUCCAUCUACAACAACACGCAGCAGUUUAUCCGCUAUCUGAUCUCAUCCAACAUUGGCGAGGUGGUCUCCAUCUUUUUGACGGCGGCCCUUGGCAUGCCCGAGGCUCUGAUCCCCGUGCAGCUGCUCUGGGUCAACCUCGUGACCGACGGUCUUCCCGCCACGGCACUGUCCUUCAACCCCCCUGAUCACGGCAUCAUGAAGCGCCAGCCCCGUAGGAGAGACGAGCCCCUCAUUGGUGGAUGGCUGUUCCUGCGCUACCUGAUCAUUGGCACCUACGUCGGCCUCGCGACCGUUGCGGGUUACGCCUGGUGGUUCAUGUACAACCCCGAGGGCCCUCAGAUCAGCUUCCGCCAGCUCUCGAGCUUCCACCGCUGCUCGACCGAGUUCCCCGAGAUCGGAUGCGACAUGUUCAGCAACGACAUGGCCAAGUCGGCCUCGACGGUUUCGCUGUCGAUCCUGGUGGUGAUUGAGAUGUUCAACGCCAUGAACGCGCUGUCGUCCAGCGAGUCGCUGCUCACCCUCCCGCUGUGGAACAACAUGAUGCUCGUGUACGCCAUCGCCCUGUCCAUGGCCCUCCACUUUGUCCUCCUCUACACCCCGAUCCUGCAGACCCUGUUUGGCAUCCUGCCGCUGAAUGCGCUGGAAUGGAAGGCGGUCACCCUCAUCAGUCUGCCUGUCAUUCUUAUCGACGAGGUGCUCAAGAUUAUCGAGAGACAGUUUUUCAUGCAGCAGAAGCCGGCUGCUGCCAAGGCCAUCAAGGCAAAGAAGGAGGAAUAGAGGAGGGGGGGACAUUAGAGGGAUAUAUCACACAUAUACAUAUACACAAUGCAUACAGGUAUAUAGAGGAAA